AUGGCAGAGUGUCCUACGAGCCCACCUGAUGCCAUCAUCCUCUCUGGACCCGACUUCUAUGAGGCUCACAUUGCGAGGUUGUACGGUGGCUACAAGAGGACGCAGAACCUCUAUGGAAGGGCCACCUAUCAGAAGGAUUCGGAGGAUGUGCGGAACGAUGCCUACAUCUACUUCUCUUUGGCUGAUCGCAAGUGGUGUGUUGGCACCCAGCUGGGGGCGUGCAUCAAAGAGAUGACUCCAAACCAGCGACUGCCAUUGGUGUUGAUGUACCAGGCCGCGGGCACGGAGCCGGACCAAAGCUUUCCCAACCUUCGUGGCUACGUCUCAUGGGCGGCCAAUGUGACGGACAAAGGACCCAACUACCAAUUUGACCACCUGCUGAACUUGGAACCUUUGGAACUCCCAGCCGAAGCUGCAGAUCCCAAGCGUGCCUAUGGUGGCCACAUGCAUAUACUGGUUCCCCGCUCCGUGGACUAUGAGUUCCCACCUGCUUCCUCCUCGCUCAUGGGAGAUUCUCCACACAAAUCGGCUGAGAGGCUGGCCGAGAUCACCUGGCGUGCGGUGUCCACCUCAGUAGGCGCUCCCCUGCUGGAGGCCAACACCGAGCCCAAUGUGAGCCACUUUGUGGGGUUGAAGGGCAUCAGCCCUGGGGAUGUCACGAUCACGCGAUCUGUCUUGGCUGCACUUCGAGAAUACCCCGGAUAUUUGGAUGCUCUUCUGGUUCGCAGCCCCUCGGUGAGGGAGGAUGGGAAGUAUACCCUGCAGCUCUUCGACAUGUGGCAACGAAGAUGGCGGUACUUGGUGGUGGAUGACUUCAUGCCAGUGCGAACUUUGUCAAAGGGCACUGAACGCCACUGGACUGGAGGUUCUCUCCAUCCACUUUGGGUCUUGUUGUUGGAGAAGGCGUUGGCGAAGCUGUGUGGCUCCUACGAGGCGCUGCGGCGAUCGCAUCCCGGAGCCCUGUUGAUGGCGCUCACAGGUCAGGGCGAUAAGCUGCUCCACUGGCGGAAAGACAACGGGUGGUGGUCAGCGUGGCGGCAGGUGCUUCCGCCCGAAGAUGCUGCAGCUCGCAUGGGAGAAAGUCAUUCACCUGGACUCCACCGCCGAGUGACCAAGAUCCGCCCGCUCCGGUGUGUCCUACAACGCAUGGGUGGAACGUGGCACCAGCACGAGGACUUUUUGACACUGUUGCGUGACCUCCAUCGACAAAACGUGCUCUUGCUGGCGUGGCAGUUUCCAGGCGACCGGCCACCAGAUGAGGAGCUGCCAGCGCCCCGGGAAGACCCACGAGAUAACGGGCUGGCGCAGGGGCACGGCUAUUCUAUCCUCGACUUCUUGGUGGAGGACAACCUUUGCCUCCUCCAGUUGCGCAACAUUUGGGGGAAGCGGACGUGGCAAGGUGCAUGGUCCGAUGACUCCAAGGAGUGGCAAACCCGCCCUGAAGUGCGCCGCCAUGUGUACCGACGUGAGCACAAGAGUGCAGGCCGUUUCUGGAUGUCGUGGGCCGACUUCUGUGACAUUUUCGAUGUGGUGGAAGCCUGUCCCAUGGAGGGAUGUGCCAAGAAGGCCUCCCACAUGCCACCGAAGCUGCCGAUACCUCAAAGAAGCACCGGCAGCCGAAGAAGCAGCGGAAGCAGCGGAAGCGGUGGGAGCGGGAGCAGCUCGUUUUUUGGGCUGUGGAGGUGGGAUUGCUGCAGCGUCGAGCGGGCGUGA